UAUCUUGAUUCUAUUUGAUCAAUGCUUUUACCGCUACUCUUUUUGAGGGUUCUUGAUUAUAUGCUUUGAUUGAUUUGUUCUUGAUUUGUAAUUUUGAUUCUCGAACUUCUUUGCUCUGAGUUGAAUCCCUUGAUUUGAUCGAAAAAGGGAGUAGGAUGUGACUCUGUGAGUUCUCUGAAAAUGUGGGGUGAUUUAUAAGAACUAAAAAUGAGUUAGUAUCCUUUUUCUCUCAGUUUUGUCUGGUGAUUUGGGAUUUCUUGUAGCUGGGAAAGGGAAAAAAAAUAAAAACUAAAAAAAGAGAUUUUUAAUUUCCUCUUGGUGAUGUAGGAAUAGUUGGAAAUAUGCAAUUAAUUUUCAGCAAAAUUACUUAUGGUCUUUACCUUGUAGAUUGGCAGGAGAAAUCAAUGGCAGAAUUAGUUCUAGAGGUUCCUAAUUACCAUUUAAUAAGAAAUAUAUUUAGAUUCUGCAGAAUUAUUCACUUUCCCUUUAUUUGGUUUUGGUUUUGGUUUUAAUUUGAGAAUAAUUUGGCAAAAUUUUGCAGAUAUGCAACUCUGUAGAGUAUGGCUCGUAGAUAACAUAACAUCCCUUCACCAUAUAGAAAAUAGGAAAGAGAUCAUUAGCUUUUGUUGAAGUUUUUCUUGCUCGUCUCGUCAUUCUUGUUCCUCAUCUCCACUGAAAUCAAAAAUCACCUGAUUCCGACCACUGGUUGGUUUGAUGAAUAGAUGACUGAGGCUCUCUGUCCAUGAAACGCUUGAAAUUCAUGCUGUUUUUGGUUGAGGAAAUUUUGAGUCACUUGUCGAGGCUUGCUUGUCAUUGAUCCGGUGCAUUUAAAACUCGAUUGUACACUGGCAUGAGAAUAAAUAUGCUCAAUUUAUAUAUAUAUUCUAGUUUUAAUAUCUACCAAUUUGGUACUUGCAAAUUCUAAACUUAAAAUGGACCCCGACGAGAGGCUAUGUGCAACUACAUGGGCAAAGUCCUCAUCGGGCCAUGAAUCACUCAACACGCAUUCAAAUAACCGAUCUUUAACAGAUUUUGAUAGACAGCAGCAGAAGUGGGAAGAAUCCUCGUUCCAUGGCUACGGAGUAAGGACCUCUGACCAACAAUUUUCUGGUUUCAAACGACCAUUUGCAUCCAACGUUGAUAGCCAGAGGCAAAUGAACAAUCUUCAUGGUAAGCAGAUACCCGAGGCUCAUGAGUUGGAUAAUAUGCAAAACUGGGAUCCUAGGGCUAUGCUGAACAAUCUCUCGUUUUUGGAGAACAAGAUUCAUCAGCUGCAGGAUUUGGUGCAUUUAGUUGUCGGGCGCAGAGGCCAAGCUAUGAGCCAAGCUGACGAGAUCUUGGUUCAGCAACAGCAGCUUAUCACGGCUGAUCUCACCUCGAUUAUAGUUCAACUGAUAUCUACUGCAGGGAGCCUUCUACCGUCUGUGAAGAACUCCGAGAAUUUGACUAGCCAGCUCGGGCAAUUCAGUGGAACAGCGAGUCAAUCAGCAGGAGUCUUGGAUAAUGUUGUUCAUAACAAUGCGAACAAGAUGGAAGAUCAACACGAUCCAACGGGCGUUUUUGAGGAUCAUGAUAUGAAAAGCGAUGAUGAUGCUGAAGAAGGAGAGAAUCUCCCUCCCGGCUCGUAUGAAAUUCUGCAGCUCGAGAAGGAGGAGAUUCUCGCACCUCACACCCAUUUCUGCACUAUCUGCGGAAAGGGAUUCAAGAGGGACGCCAAUCUACGGAUGCACAUGAGAGGCCAUGGCGAUGAGUACAAGACUCCAGCUGCUCUCGCUAAGCCCCACAAGGAAUCGAGCACCGAACCAAUCCUGAUCAAGAGGUAUUCCUGCCCUUACGUUGGCUGCAAGCGUAACAAGGAUCAUAAGAAGUUUCAGCCUCUAAAGACGAUCUUGUGUGUGAAGAACCACUACAAGAGGACCCACUGCGACAAGAACUACACCUGCAGCCGCUGCAACACGAAGAAAUUCUCGGUCAUUGCGGAUCUGAAAACGCACGAGAAGCAUUGUGGGAGAGACAAGUGGCUUUGCUCUUGUGGCACGACCUUCUCUAGGAAGGAUAAGCUUUUCGGCCACAUUGCUCUCUUUCAAGGCCACACCCCAGCUAUCCCUCUCGAAGGGGCUGGGCCAUCUGAUCAAGGACAAAGCAGCGUUGAAGCAGCAAACAAAGUCGAACAACUGGGCUUCAACUACAAGUUAGACGAUCCUAGAAGAAGUGUGUUGCAAAGUAUAAUGGAGGUUGAAGGACCUGGAGAGGAGGAUCCAGCAAGCUAUUUCUCGCCUUUAGGUUUUGAUACGAGUAACAUGGCCGGAUUUCAAGAAUUCCCUCGACCUCUAUUUGAGGAUGCAGAGAGCCCCUUCUCGUUCCUUCUUUCUGCUUCCUGUGACUACCCUCCGAAGAACGAAAGGUACGCCGCUCCAAAUGAUCUGGAAUAAGGCAUUGUCGUUCGUUGUUAACGUAGCUUUGAGUACUGUGUAUCCCAUGUAUUAGUUCUUGACAUCAAAUAAAUAUUUCUGUAGAAUCUUUUCCAAUUUCCAUGGUGAUCUACCAUUGUUGCUGUCUCUUUUCAUCAAUGAAAUAGCAUUAUAUUCAUCA